AUGGCGCCCAAAUAUGCACUUUCUGACUCGGAGUCAGAGUCCGAGGCCGAUGCGCCCAAUGCGCCGUCUGAGACGAAGUUGGAGAAGACUUUGCGCGACGAGGUCGCCGCCCGCUGGAAAGCUGGAAAGCAAGAGGAAUUGACCGUAAAGCGUGUGCGGUUGGCUGUGGAACAAGAGCUCAAACUGGAGGAAGGUUUCUUCAAGACUGGUGACUGGAAGGAAAAGAGUGCAGAGAUCAUCAGAAACGAAGUCAUCCUGUCGAUGAAGGACAAACAAGAGAACGCAGGCGAGGACAUCGAAACCGAGCCAGCUGAAGAGCCCGCGCCUCCUCCACAGCCCAAGAAGAAAGCAGCGCCCAAGCGAACCAAGAGCGACGCCGCGCCGAAGCCGCGCAAGCGCCAAAAGACACAAACACCCCAUUCAGAUGACGAGAAGCCCGUUGCAUCUGAGAACAAUAGCGAGGAAGAGGUAUCCGAACCAAAGAAGCAAUCAGCACCACCGGCCAAAAAAUCAAAGUCGAAACCUGUCAAGGAAGCCUCACCCGAAUCCUCAGAUGCACCAGAAGAAAAGGCCGAAUCCGCCGAACCAAGCGCGGAAGCCACCAAAGACGACUCUGAGAGUGAGGUGUCAGUCGUCAUAGAUGAGGAGCCGCCAAAACCCGCACCGACGAAGCGAAAGAGCGCCGAAGGACCAACAAAAGAAAAGAAGAAGCCAACUUCAAAGGGCAAGGACGAAGAUACGGACCCCGAUCAAGCCGAAAUCAAGCGACUGCAGGGCUGGCUUGUCAAGUGUGGCAUCCGCAAGAUGUGGUGGCGGGAAUUGCAGCCGUAUGAUACUCCGAAGGCGAAGAUCAAGCACCUGAAACAGAUGCUAGAGGACGCUGGCAUGAAGGGUCGCUAUUCUUUGGAAAAGGCCCGGCAGAUCCGCGACGAGCGCGAGCUCAAGGACGACCUCGAGCAAAUUCAGCAAGGCGCGAAGCAAUGGGGAACUGGAAGCGGAGAUGAACACGAGGGUGAAAGUGGUGAUACCGGCCCUCCUAAGCGUCGGGCUGCUCGAGGACGACAGGCGCUGGCGUUUCUGGAGAGCGAUGGCGAGGAAACUGACUGA